ACUAGUGGAAGGGGUGAAAAGCAAGCAAGGAGGUGGAGUCGUGUUCAGAGGGAGGAAAACCCAGCAGAAGAGCAGGAAAAAAGAGAAAAACCACCAGACACAACAACAUCGGGGGGAGGACGGUGGAUUAACUGUGCCAACGGAGGCAAUUCAAAUUAAGAAGAAGCGCUGGUGUGAAGAAGGGAGGACAGCAAGAUGAUAACGCCCUAUUUCCUGGAAAAUUUCUGGGGCGAUAAAAACAGUGGAUUUGAUGUACUGUACCAUAACAUGAAACAUGGCCAGAUAUCCAGCAAGGAGCUAUCAGACUUCAUCAGAGAAAGAGCCACCAUAGAGGAGGCAUAUUCAAGAUCAAUGACCAAACUGGCCAAGACUGCCAGCAACUGCUCUCAGCUAGGGACGUUUGCGCCGGUAUGGGAUGUGUUUAAACAGUCCACCGAAAAACUGGCAGCGUGUCACAUGGAGCUGGUCCGCAAACUUCAAGAGCUCAUCAAGGAAGUCCAGAAAUAUGUGGAGGAACAAGCCAAAAAUCAUAAGAAGACGAAGGAGGAGGUGUCGUCCACUCUGGAGGCUGUGCAGAACAUCCAGAGUGUAUCUCAGGCCUUACAGAAGAGCAAAGAGAACUACAUCAACAAGACGCUAGAGCAAGAACGCAUGCGCAAAGAGGGGGCCACACAGAGAGACCUGGACAAGGCUGGAUUGAAGGUCAAGAAAGCCACUGAGACCUACAAGUCAUAUGUGGAGAAGUAUGCCACUGCGAAGACAGAAUUUGAACAAAGAAUGACAGAAACCGCGCAGAAAUUCCAGGGCAUUGAAGAGGAGCAUGUGCUGCGUAUGCAGGAAAUUAUCCAUUCAUACUGUCAGUCUGUUGAAGAGACACACAUACAGAUAGGAGAGGUGCAAGAAGAGUUUGUGAAAAACAUGGAGAACACUUCCGUCGAAAGCCUCAUACAGAAACUGGCGGAAAGCAAAGGGACAGGCAAAGAGAGACCAGGCCCCAUUGAAUUUGAGGAAUGUAAUGUCUCAGUCGCCACAGAAGGUGCAAAACCCAGAAAAAGAAAAACCUUUGCCAUACCAGGCCGACGAAGAGAUAAAGACACAGAUUCCACUGAAUCAGCUGAAGUAGAAGCUGUUAACGCGUCCAACGGAGCUCCCCCAGGUUUCUACGGUGCUAUAGAUCUUCAUAACGCCAAUGUGCCUCAGCUGGACGAGGAGGGCUUCUGUAUCCGACCAGAAGUCAACGAGAAUGAUGCCAAAGAGAACUCCUUCUAUUCAUCCAGUGACUCAGAAGAUGAGGACGAGCCAAGAAAAUUCCACGUCCAGAUCAAACCCGUGCAGACAAACAAUGGCACACACCAGCACAAAGCUACCAUCGACGAGCUGAAGGCCUCGAUUGGAAACAUCACGCUUUCGCCCACCCCUGCCGUUCAUAUGAAGAAGAACCAAUCCAGGAUGAUACGACAACAAACAUUCCCUGCUAUAAAACCGAAGGCAGGUGAUGAACUGGCAAGACCCAAGAUACCGCAGACAUCCUUUAAUGAUAGGUUAGCCAGUAAUGACCUGCUGUCUCUGGAUCCAUUUGGCCCGACCAGCACCAGCUCCACCUCCUCCAUACCCCACUCAUCAGAAGUGGAUUUACAAUCGGAGCCCACCUCUCCUUCAGCAGUCAGUCUUGAGGUUAACGAGGCUCCUGCUUUCCCCCUUCCCUCCAAACUCCCUCCUCCUGCCGGUCUUGCCAAGCCGUGCACGCCGCCAUUCGCUGCUCUCUCCUCUCCUCCCUCCACCUCUCCUUGGGAGUUCCCCGAUGAGGUUGUUGCUCCCCUCCACCCUGGCCCAACUCGAGCCAUGAGCGUGCCUCCAGCCCUACAGGCUGCUCCUAAGGACUUUGCUACCCACAAGCCCCCUCUAAGUGCUCCCGCCACUGGUCCAGACGCACUUUCGUCCUGGGCCCAGAGCCAGUGGAUUGCCUUUAAUGAUGCCUUUGUGCCAUGCCGUGGACUGUCCCAUCAACCAGCAAGGCCUCGGUCGGUGCCUGUUUCUCAACAGCUCAAGCUUUUCUCAAGAGAUCCUGCUGACCCAUUUGGCAGCUUUGGGAGAGAGGAGAGCGCCCCCUCUCUGAAGGAAACACCAACCCAACCCAUGCAGGAUGUUCCACCUCCAAACAGGCCAACCACUCCCCUGGGCACAGCAACCAUUGUCCCGCCUCCAAGACCAUUAUCCCGGCCCAAACUGCCUGCAGGCAAAUUGACGGGCAUCAAUGAGACUGGCCGACCGUUCAGCCCUCCCAAGAUGUCCAACUCCAGCCCUCCUCCCGCUGCUCCUCUGGCUCGUGCCGAAAGCUCCUCCUCUCUCAGCUCCAACACCUCCUUGAGCGCCAGCAACACACCUACUGUCGAGGACGAUCUGUUCGUGGGGAAACUGCCCACAUUUGAGAAGCGAUGUGAGACUCCUGCAGGGACAUCUCGUGGGCCCAGUCCAGUGACACUGGCUUCCCAGGAUGCAUUGCCCAUUGCAGUAGCAUUCACAGAGUCGGUUAAUGCCUAUUUCAAAGGAGCAGAUCCCAGCAAGUGCAUUGUGAAGAUCACGGGAGACAUGACCCUGUCUUUCCCCAGCGGCAUCAUCAAGAUUUUCACCUCUACUCCGUCUCCUGCUGUACUCAGCUUCAAACUCUCAAACACUAGCAGAUUAGAGCAAGUCAUGCCCAACCAGCAACUACUGCACAGUGACUCCUCCCAGAGCGACACAAACACUAAAGACUUCUGGCUGAACAUGCCUGCACUGACAGCGUACCUCAGAAAGAGCUCUGAGCAGAACCCUACUGCAUCCUAUUACAACGUGGAUGUCUUAAAGUACCAGGUAUGUUCAAAUGGGAUUCAGUCCACGCCUCUGAACCUUGUGGUGUAUUGGAAAUGCACUCCUAGUACUACAGAUCUGCGAGUGGACUACCGAUACAACCCAGAGGCCAUGCAGCCCCCCGCAGCGCUCACCAAUGUACAGGUGUUAGUGCCCGUCAAUGGCGGCGUAACAAACAUGCAGUCACUUCCCAAUGCCAUCUGGAAUGCAGAACAGAGUAAGUCAUUAUGGAAACUGAGUGACAUCUCUGACAAGUCUGAAAAUGAAGGCUCUGGUUCUUUGAGAGCAAAGUUUGAGCUGACUGAUGGUCCAUCCAUCCCUGCCACCCUGGCUGUUCAGUUCUUCAGUGAAGGCAGCACUCUGUCUGGUGUAGAUAUGGAACUGGUUGGCUCCGGUUACCGGCUCUCCCUCAAUAAGAAGAGAUUUGCCACUGGCCGCUAUAUGGCUGACUGCUGAGAUCUGAGCAGAGGCCUGUCCGCUCUCAAAUGCAGGGAAUCUGGAGGUUCAUUUCUCUUCAUUCAUUAAUUCUGUCACUGGUUCUCAAUGAUAUUUAUGGUGGAUCGUUAGGGGGGAUGGAAAAGAGAGCUGUCUGGGUGAAGGCCUCUCACGCUUCUGUUUCCUCUCCACGUUCUGAACGAUCCAGUUCCAGUGAAGCACCUUCUGGAGACUCAAGCUUUUUAUACUACAGUAACGUAGCACUGAGUAUCAAACACUGUGUACAAAGAAAAAAUAAAAAAAAGAAAAGAAAUGAAAAAAGAAGGAAUGUCAGGAUAUUGGCGAAUGAAAUCAUUAAUCUUUGAUACUUUUUGAUCAAUUCAGACUUUUAUAAAGUCAGAACGGUAGUGUUUGUUAUUUUGAUAUGUAUAGUUAACAAUUUGUCAUAUGAAUUAUAUGUGUAUAAACAACAUAUCUAAACAAACAAAAAAGGACAAAAAACUGCACUAACAAUCUUUCUGGAUAUUUUUUGAGCAUUCAUUUCUCCGUUUGUAUUCACCCUGUCAGUCGCAAUGGCAAUGAGAAGAACAAACAGAGAAAAAAAGGAAAAAAAGGAGAGACAUGAGAAAAGCCUCAGCAAUAGAUCACUUCAUGCUCACAAGAAAGCCUUACUUCUCGCCCAUCGUCUUUCCAUAACUGAGCAUUGCACAUCCAUCUGAGAAGUGUAGAUUUUUUUUCACCCCCAACUUCUAUUGUUUUCAGUUUUAUUUUUUUCUUUCAGUUGUAUUUCUCAUUAUGAAUGUGCAAUGAAGGUAUAAGCUUUCAAAAUUACAUUUAUGGAUUGUUAGUGCCAUUUUCACUUUAGCAUUGUCAAGAGAACCUACUGGUUAGUUGUGUGUCUUGCUUAACAGCAAAAGGAAACUUAUACACUGACCUCAGUGCCUCUUUUUCUUAAAAUAAUUACACAGGAAAUUUUGCAUGUUGACGACCCAUGCUGUCCCCUUUUUUAGAUUAUGAUCUUUCUAUCUCAAAUUUUGAAGUGCCAGUUCAGUUCUUUAUACUUCCUGAUAGGAUACUGAAGGGAAAAUACUGCCUAAACUUUACCCUUUGUCCUUUAAGGCCCUUUAGAGUGCUUUACUCUACAGUUCACUGCGAAGGAACGUGCUGUUCCCGUGAUAGACGUCAUCCAGGUGUUUUGUGUAAUGCCUUAUAGAUGUGUGCAGAAAUUAUACCAAAAUAACUACCGAAAAUUGUCACUGUGAGAUUAUUCUAAUUACAAACUCCUACCUGAGGGAUUCUUGUUGAUAAACAGACCAAAAUAUUUUAAAUAUUUGCAUAAUAAGAUUAAAUCCAAGCAUGCACACUUUUCAGUGUAGUUUAUUAAUGGCAAACUACCAGUUUUUAGCUAAAUGUAUUUUUAAGGGACACUGCGUGUAUAUGUUUUCACCAAAUGUGCCGUCGCGUCUGUUUUUGAGUGUUGUAUGUUAUUAAUAACCUGAACACAUUAGUUUCUUUAAAAAAAAAAUGGCUCAAAUGAUCUUUUUUUGCUUUGAGCCAAAGCAAAAGUUUGCCAAAUACAAAUCGAAAAGCACAAUGAUGCAAUGAGCCAAUGGACGUUACGGGAAAUUUUAAAUGUGCGCAGGAUCCAGCUGCCGUUUCUUCAUUGAGACGUUUUUUUUUUUUUUUUUUUUUUUUUUUUUUUUUUUUUUUUGGUGAGCAUUUACAGUGCUUUAAGGGGGGUCUGUCCCCCAUACAAGGGCUAUUUGCCUUGUCCUCCUUGGAGGACCAUGUCUUUAAGGGCUACCCCAAUUCCAGCGAUAGCCAACACCAUUUGUACCUUAAAAUGGAAAAACACUAAUAAACACUAAAUGCCACCAAUGAAGGCGCUUCAUGAAUUUGAAAACAAUGACGUUUCUUGUUUUCACCAGGAACCUUUUUUGUCUCUUCGAUAGCAGCCUAACUUUUGUGAAGUAACAACAUAAAGUUUUUAUAUUCAGAAUCGCCAUUGUCUUUAUGUACUUUUUUUUUUUUUUUUUAAUACUUGUGAUUUUAAUUCAUUUGUAUUCAGUAUGAAUUGUGGUGUUGGUGUCAGUAUAGAGGCAGAAAUCAACUGGUGAACAUCCUGGUGAAUGUAGCAUCCAAAUACAUUAUUGGUUUCUAUAGUCAAGGGCUUCUUUAAAUGAAUAUGAACUAAUUGUGUAGUUAGCGAGCUGGUUCUUGCUGCCUCUACAGCCACGUCAAUAUUCAAAGUCACUUUCGAGCAUUAAAAAAGUCUCUUCUUUUAUUUCUUUCUUUUUAUGUUCACAUUCAAUGGCAUAAUACAUGUGUAAUUUUUUUUUUUUUUUUUUUUUUUUUUUUUUUUUACUCACCUAAUGUAAAUUUUUACAAAUAUUUCUGCCAUGUUUCUCUGCUUCAUGAUGCUCUGUGUCAGUAAUAAAUGUGUAAUAUAUAAAUCUAUACAAAUAUAAGAAAUACUGCAAAAUG